CACAAGGACGAGCCGCCCAAAAUGUUGCCUGCAUUACAAUACAACUGUGCAAGUGAUCUUUGUGACCGAGAUCAAUCAUAGCCCACUUGAUCUUAUGAUCAUAUAACAUGAACGAUUUCAGUAGCCUUCUGACAAUAAUUAAACAAACUUUAGUGACAUAACAUUUUAAAACAACCGGUUUAUAAACGUCAUAUGCGUACGCUCAGCUUAAUGCACUGCUAGAGGCAAUCGCGGGGCAUAUAAAAAGUCGGAGAGAUGUAAUUACAGGCACAUUCGACUUGAGCUCUUCUCAGAGUAUAUUCAAAAAUUACAAUGGCUUUCAAGUUUGUGGUUCUGGUUUGCGCUUUCGCCGCUGCUCAAGCGGGCUACAUUGCCCCCGCAGCCUACAGCGCACACCCCGUAGCGUACGCAGCUGCGCCCGUAGUGCACGCGGCUCCCGUUGUGCACGCCGCCCCCGUGGCGUACGCCGCACCCAUCGCUAAAGUGGCUGCUGUCGCUCCCGUUGCCAAAGUAGCCGUAGAGGAGUAUGACACGCACCCUCAGUACAGCUUCGCGUACGACGUUCAGGACGGCCUCACCGGCGACUCUAAGAGCCAGCACGAGUCCCGCGACGGAGACGUUGUUCAGGGCUCCUACUCGGUAGUCGAUCCCGAUGGCGUUAAGCGUACGGUUGAGUACAGCGCUGACCCCCACAACGGUUUCAACGCUGUUGUACACAGGGAGCCCCUUGCCCACGUUGCCAAAGUUGCCGCUGUUGCCCCCGUCGCUAAGGUCGCCGCUCCCCUCGCUUACGGCGCUCCCGUAGUACACGCCGCCCCUGUUGUCCAUCACGCGCCCAUAGUCCACGCCGCCCCCGUGGCCUACUCUGCUCCCAUCUACCACCAUUGAAAGCCUACCUAGUCAUACCUAAACAACACGUAUUAUUUAUUGAAAUUUGGAAAUAUUAAUAAAAAGAUUAUUUUGUAUA